AUGUUGCUGCCGGAGAAGGAGAAGAAGAAGAAGUUGCAGGCCGUGGCUGCUGGCUUCGAGGGUUUUGGUCCCUCUUGCUGCCGGAGAAGGAGGAGAAGAAGAAGUUGCAGGCAGUGGCUGCUGGCUUCGAGGGUUUUGGUCUCUUCGAGAGUUCAAGCUUCGAAGAAUGGACAUCUACAGGAGGUGUGCCUGCUUGAGUAUCAGUACCUAAGUUCCUGUAAUGUUCUGUUACUAAUUUACAGACUUGAGGAAGAAGCUGAUUAUAAGUCCACCACGGAACUGUUUGCUAAGAGAGGUGACGAGAAGACACUGGAUAAUUUCAUACCCAAAUCCGAAAGUGACUUCACAGAGUAUGCAGAGCUUGUUUCUCAUAAACUCAGGCCAUAUGAGAAAAGCUUCCAUUACAUUGGCCUACUCAAGGCAGUGAUGAGAUUAUCAAUGACUUCUCUUAAAGCAGCAGAUGCAAAAGAAGUUGCUUCAUCAGUAACGGCAAUUGCAAAUGAAAAACUCAAGGCUGAGAAAGAAGCCAAUGCGGGUAAAAAGAAACCAGGUGCAAAGAAGAAGCAGCUUCACGUAGAUAAGGCAGAUGAUGAUGUGGCUGUUGAUGGAUACGAGGCUAUGGAUGACUAUGACUUCAUGUAAACCCUUUCAGAAAUUAUUUCUGCUUUUUCUCCUGCAGACUAGGAUCCAUUUGCUCAAAAAUUGAAUCACAGAUGAGGGUCCUUAAGGCUUUGUUCCCUCCAAAUUCUGGAGAUUGAUUUGAGUGUGUGCUGAUAUGCGGUUUGUUGAUUUAGAGAAGAGUUAACAGUGUCUCAUAAGGAAAAGUUUUUUUUUACUAUUUUUGAACAAUUUUUAAUUUUAUUUAACAGACAAGAGAUAAGCUAAUAUUUUUUUAAUUAAUUUUGUAAAAAGUACUUUUACCUUUUGGUGCUUUGUAAGUACAACUGGCUGUGUUUGGUGUGCAUUCUCGGAAUAGAUUUUGGGAAUAGAAUGCAUUUUAAAACC